GCUCGAGGAGCUGGACGAGGCGCGGCAGCCGUACGUGGACGAGUUCGAGGACGAGUCCGAGGAGGAGGAGGAGGAGUAGCGUAGUCAUGAAUGACAUAAUCCACAAUCACGUGUUUAAGGUUUCCGGCGAGACUCGGCAGCGCACUGCCGGCGCGCAGGAGCACCGCCACAGCCGGUCGCCAUCGUGGCUUGCGGGCUGAAUGAGAAUCUUUGUCAACUGACAGCCGUCGCUUCGACUCAACAAAUCCGCAAACCGCCGUCACCGACGCUUCCUCACCGUCUCCACCACCCCAGCCCGCCAUGAACGGCUACUACUCCUACCCGCCGCCGCCGCAGUACGGCAUCUGGCCGUCGCCCGGCCCGCCUCCGCCCAUGCAGCCCCCGGCCCUGCCCCCCUUCGCCCAGAUGCCGCUCCAGUCCUCGAUGCCCCCGGCGCCCGCUCCCGUCUCCCGGCGGCCCUUCAGACAGCGCCGGAAAGACCCCUCCUGCGACGCCUGCCGCGAGCGCAAAGUCAAGUGCGACGCAUCAGAGUCCUCCGCCUGCUCGGAGUGCACCUCCCGUAAGCUCAAGUGCCAGUUCACAAAGGACUCCUCGCGCAGGAUGUCGUCCCUCAAACAGGUCCAGGACCUCGAGCGCCAGCUGGCCCACGCUCGAGCUCGCAUCGCCGCCUUGGCCGACGCUUCUCCUCCCAUCGCUUCCUCCAUCUCCUCGCCCUCCUCUCCUCUGGCGCCUCCGUCCGCGAUCGUCUCCCACGUCGGCGGGCCCCAGCCAAACUUCGACUUUGCCCAUCUGCGGCAGCAUCUCCUGCAAUACAAUCGAGGCGUCUUCAAGCCCCCGGCCGGUUUCCGCGAGGCAGCCGAGCCCACUUCUCACAUGCUCGCCGUCUCCUCGCCCGCUUCCCUCCCCCCGCGCUCAGAAGCGAACGCGCUGCUCGAUGCCUACUGCGAGACUAUCCACAAAUGGCUCCCCAUCCUUCACUGGCCGACCUUCCUCGAGCAAAUAGACUGUCUCUACGCUAGCGACAGCGGUCUCGCCGAGGUCUCUCCCGCCUGGGCAUCCACCUUCUUUGCCGUCCUCGCAUGCGGUGCGCGAGGGCAGUCGCUCCACGGUGAUCUAGCCCGGCGUGCUACCGAAAAGGGCCGCAAGUACGUCCUCAUCGCCUGCUCCUACACCGACCUUUUCACCGACGCUUUUGAGGUAGACCACUGUCGCUCUGCUCUUUUGGUUGCUGUCUUCCUGCUCGACCUGAACUGCACUUCCGCGGCGUGGACCUGGGUCUCUGCCGCCCUCCGUAAAGCACAGGACAUUGGCCUGCACUGCGAGCGCGACCAAAACCUUAGCGGUCUCUCGCCUAUCGACAUCGAGCUUCGUCGUCGCGUGUGGUGGGCAAUCUACGUAUGGGACCGCCUUCUUUCCUCAGAAUUAGGCCGCCCAUACCUGGUCUCCGACGACGACUGCAGUGUCGCUUUUCCUGCUCCUGUCGACUGUGUCAAUAUCACCCCUCUUGGCGUCAACGUUGAAUCGAUGCGAUCUAUGUCUAUACCCACGCAGUCGCAGAACGGAGAGUCGGAUGUCGAUUCAGACUCUGAUGUUGAUGACGACGACGAGCAUUACUACGAAGACGAAUACAAUCAGAGACCACCGCGGCUAGUUGCGCAGACAGCGGCCGGUGCCUUCUUCAUCCCUACGAUCCACGUCCUGCGCAUCCUCACCCCUCUACGACAAACUUUGAAAUCCACCGUUCUCAGCAGACAGACGCUAGCCACCUUUGACCAAUACUUUUACCAGUUCUGGGCAGCCUUCCCGUUCCUUUCUCCUGGAACUGCCGGCACUCUCGGCGAGCAUUUGGAUCCCCACUCUCUAGUUCCAGUCACUCUAAUGCAGAACCUGCGGCUGAUCCUACAUCGGCACAAUCUCACGCCCUAUGCGCCCUCCGAUCUGCGAACGUUGGCGCUCGAUCGCUGCGCGGUUAUUGCCAUGGAAACCGUCGCCUUUCUUUCUCGGACCAUGAUCAACCCUGCACGAGUGGAUGAGAGUGCGACUGGCAAAGACUCGCAUUCACAAGCUGAGCUUUGGGUGGCCAGAAUUGUGGGGAAUAUCACUGCGUUUGAGAUCACUCACAUUCUGCGCGCAUGCCUUGCUCUCAUGAGCCGUGGGCUGUUCAGGCAUGCUAUAGUCUGUAUCAAGACGAUGUCUGCUGUCCACGAUCACCGAGAAGUCAAUAUUGCUGGAGGCCUGUACCUUGAAGGAUUUCUCAGACUGAUGCAAGCUCGUAUCUCUGAGCAUAACACGACCAACGGCGUGCGAACUCCGUACCUUAUCGAAGAAGACGAAGAUCUGCUUGCGUUGGUAUCGUGUGAUGUACAGGCUACGGCCGACUCUUGGAUCUGGAGAGAUCCAAAAUCCGAUGUCAAGCGCGAACCGGAGGAGAAGACUACGUUGCCAAACGACAGGAAGCAGGCGGAAGUCGUGCCGCACUCGUUCAAGUUCGAUGUCGCGACCGCGCUGCCGCACGAGUCGUCUAAUUCCUCGCCGUCGUCGUCCGAAUGCCAUAGUUCUCCAACUAGUUUUCGGCGCGCGAGUGUGUCUGAAGAUAGCCGUCAAAAGGAGCACGUCGACGAGGCCUGGAACAAGUGGGCUAGUCUCGAGACGAUGAUGAACGCUAUGGACCGUGAACGGUGUCUGGAAAAGUCGCGCGAGAUGUUUGUCUCGCGGGCACGAUCGCAGCUGAACAUGCAAAUGGAUUUGAUGUUUGUCUCGAGCGAUAUAGGCGAGAUCCUGGUGCCUACAGUCAAGCGCGCGUCAGAGAAGCGAAAAUCAGAAAAGAAGGCGCCGGUGGAGAAGCCACAGCCGACGGUGAAGCCGGAAGUGGAUCAAGCGGCGGAGGAUGAAGAAGAAGCUAGACGAGCGCAGGAGAUGAAGAGAGCGCGGAUCAGUAUUGCGAAUAUUAUAUAAGACGUUGGGGGUGUAUGCUAUGUUUGUACAAAAGGUUUCUGGUUAUCUCUGUUUAUGUAUUUGGGGAUGUUGGGAUAUAUUAUGAUUUUUAUGAUUGUGUGUUUGGUUUUGUUAUACUCGGGGCGUAAGAUGGAAGGCGAGCAAAAUGACUGUUAUGUAUAUGAUGUCUUUCCGCUUUGAAUGACUAGUUGAUUGUCCAACUGUAUCCUUGACUGAUACCAAGAGUAGAAAGCUGGUGGAAAGCAGAAUGCUAUGUAAUGUAUUAGUAAGCCAAACUCUAUUGCUUGGGACUUACAAAAUUUAUCUCAGAUCAACUCAUCGACUGUUCAAACGCA